GCCAGUGCCUCGUUUCCGGCUCGAGUUCUCUUCCCACGCCCGCCCGCAGCAUGUCCGAGACCGCGCCUGCCGCGCCUGCAGCCCCGGCCCCCGCCGAGAAGGCGCCGGUGAAGAAGAAGGCCCGUAAGGCCGCUGGUGCCACUAAGCGCAAGGCGUCUGGGCCGCCGGUGUCCGAGCUCAUCACCAAGGCCGUGGCUGCCUCCAAAGAGCGUAGUGGCGUGUCGCUAGCCGCGCUCAAGAAGGCGCUGGCGGCCGCGGGCUACGACGUGGACAAGAACAACAGCCGCAUCAAGCUGGGCCUCAAGAGCUUGGUGAGCAAGGGCACCUUGGUGCAGACCAAGGGCACCGGCGCCUCGGGCUCCUUCAAGCUCAACAAGAAGGCGGCCUCCGGGGAGGCCAAGCCCAAGGCCAAGAAGGCGGGCGCGGCCAAGCCCAAGAAGGCUGCUGGGGCGGCCAAGAAACCCAAGAAGGCCGCGGGGUCAGCCACCCCCAAGAAGAGCGCCAAGAAGACCCCGAAGAAGGCGAAGAAGCCGGUGGCGGCUGCUGGGCCGAAAAAGGCAAAGAGCCCGAAAAAAGCGAAAGCAGCCAAGCCCAAGAAGGCGCCCAAGAGCCCAGCAAAGGCCAAAGCGGUGAAACCCAAGGCGUCUAAACCAAAAGCCGCUAAGCCCAAGGCAGCCAAGCCAAAGAAGGCGGCCAAGAAGAAGUAGAAAGUUCCUUUGGCCAACUGUUAAAAAUUCAACACAACCCAAAGGCUCUUUUCAGAGCCACC